UCUCAAACCGCCUAAUUAUUUUAUUUCAUUUCAUUAUUAUUUCCAACUAUUAUUUAAUUAUUUCGUGCAAAAAUUCUCUACUCCUUCAUUAAUCCACCGACUGACUUUUCUCUAGCACUAUGGCGGCUUAAGCCCGAUUUGAACCUUUCAAUCCUUUCCUUAUAUAUAUACACGAACAAUUCUAAUGGGUUUGGCGAUUCAAAUUCUUCAAUCAUCUAUAUAUUUUUCCAUGCAAAUAAAACAAAAAUCAAGUUAACAUAUUGUAGACUUGGCAUAUAUUUAUGUUAAAGGUGGCGAAUCCAAGAGACAAAGUUAUUAAAAGGGAACUCAAUGAUCCCACAUUGUCGUCAACUGAAAUGCUAUUUCCUUUUCCUGGUAUGAAUAGAGAUAGAGAAAUGUCUGCUAUGAUCUCUGCUUUGACCCAUAUCGUCUCAGGAGAUGUUCCAAACCAAAGCACUGCAGUUCAACUUGAACCAAAUAUGAUCAACAUGUCUUCUUCUCCUAAUUCUUCAUCUAGUUAUGUUACUAGUUCUUCUCUCAAAAGAACUAGGGAUGAUGACAAAUUCGUCUCUAAUCAGACAUCAAACACAAUAUUGAUAUCAUCAAAUGCAGAAAGUUCGAGAAAUAGGACAACAACAGCAAGAGUAACAAGGGAAAUGGGAAAUGCUGUGUAUGAAUAUAGAAGAACGGAGAGUGUGGCAAGAGAAGGAGAAGAGAAGAGAAAAUACAGAGGAGUGAGACAGAGACCGUGGGGAAAAUGGGCUGCAGAGAUAAGAGAUCCUUUCAAAGCAGCAAGAGUAUGGUUAGGAACAUUUGAAACAGCUGAAGCAGCUGCUAGAGCAUAUGAUGAAGCUGCUCUUCGUUUUAGAGGAAACAAAGCAAAACUUAAUUUUCCUGAAAAUGUUACUCUUCGUCACCCUCCUCCAACAACAUCCACUCAGUGGAAUAUUUCGAAUAUGCCGACUAUGCCGAGUUCGGUUGUUUCGAUAACAACUUCGACUGACCCUGUUGUUCAUACUCGACCUUUUUCUUAUUCACAACCUUCAACAAAUUUUUAUGAUCCUUUUCAGUUUUCGGGUAUUCCAGCUAGGAAUGUUUACGAUGAUAAUGUGAUUAUGAGUUCUACUAUGGCUUCUCAUCUUCAAUCUUCUUCGUCGUCGAUGUCACCGGCUUCUUCCUUGUCAUCUUCUUCUUCUGCAUUUUCUUCUUCUAUGCAGACCAAUGCUUCAGCUUCCUCGUUUUAUUCUACAAAGUUUCCACCGUGGUCAGCCUCUGAUCACAACUCUUCUUCCUCAAGAUGAACCACAAAAGACACGAGACACGGGCCAGACACGAGACACAUAAACACACAUACAUAAUAUUAUAAAUGAUAUUAUAAAUCACAUAAAUCACUGACACAUGAUGACACAUGACAGAGACCAAACACAUGUAAUAUUUUUUCCAUUAAAUUAUAUGUUAAUCAAUUCAUAAUUCAUGACAUCUUUUAUGGUGAUAAUGUUUAUGUAAUUGGCGUUUGUUAGUAAACUAUGAUCUAUAAUCUA